ACAUAGCAAUUUGGAGCCUGCUGACCCUGUUUUCCUGCGCCGCCCUGACCGUCGAGACAGCCGAGCCAGAGCUGCAGGCUUAACACACCCAGCUAUUUACGUCGCUAUCCACAUGAAAGAGGAUGACCGGCCGCAUCUGGAGGAGGACACAGUGAUCGCCUAGCCCGUCAUCCCGUCACUGCAGACCGCGCGAGAGAGACAGAAAAAAAACCUGUCUUCGUCUUUCCCAUGCGUUGCCUGAACGCUCUCAGGUGCAUAGUUCAGAAAGCCACUCGAAGAAAUAACUACAAAAUAACUAGCUAGUUAACUACUCUAAAUAACCGACCGAUUUCACUCCCUUUCCCUCGUUCGCUCUUAUAGAAAAUUACCAGCACGACCGAUCGAUCCCCCCCGAUUUGUUUCUAUUUCCCCUUACCACCAGAUACUUGGGCAGGCCGGUAGGCUGUGGCCAACUUUAUGGUUUGCCGGAGACGCCGUCAUGACAUCAGAUAAACCGUCGAAAUCUUUUUUCGGAAGGAAACUACACAAGGAACGCCAGCCUGAUCUGCGCGCUGAGACGCCGGAAUCGUUUGGUGCGGCCAGCAGUGGAUCGGGAUCGCGCUCAUCGAGAUAUUCGAAACGAGAGUCCGGCCUAUCUGUCGAUUUAACCGGCGAUACGGAAUAUCUCUCAGGUGUGAUAGGAUCCGUCCCGUAUGACAGCGUGCCUGUGCGAAAGGAGCCAACCCCUUCCAAAAUGGGUAAACCAAACGACUACCACCAGUAUCCCCAGUUUCAGGGGUAUCAGCCUGCGAACGGCGCAAUACACCUGUCUGGACCCCGGCCCCCGCCAGGAUUCUCAGGCACCACCGCCUCAUACUACUCUCAAAGCGACAAGGGGGUGAAAUACCAAGCGUGGAACGGCCACAUCGCCUACCCAGCCGCAGAAACCUCCAACCCUCGAACCUCCAUGGACCAGAACAGCAUCUACUCCGCGGUCUCGUCCGCUCCUCGUGGCUCGACUCAUACUAUCAGCACAGACAAUGCGUCCCGUUACAACUACUCCACACAUCCUCAAGAUCCCCGGAAUCAGCCGCCCAGCUCCUCAGGAAGCCGUCCUUCUACCUCGUCACGAUCUGACUGGCUUCCUCCUCAGCUACCCAUUGUGUUUGGUACUUUGCCAAUCUCGGCGGAUGGAACGAUCCAGAGACCUAAGGAUGACGCCGUCGUGGACCAGAUGUUCUAUGAGCUCAUGAUCAAACGAGGGUGGCAGAAUCUACCCGAACAGGCUAAGAGACAGAUGUUGGCCUACCCGACGUCGAAAAAAUGGACGUUGGUUCAUCAAGAUCGCCUGACGCAGUGGCAAGGGGAGCAAAAGCGGCGCCAACAGAAUAGGCAAACUGGCUCUGGAGAUGGAGGCAAGGGUCUCCUCGGACGAGCCGAUGAAGAAGGCAGUCCUGAGUGGUAUGUUAAGAAGGUCAUGGAUGACUCCAUCACAGCAAAGGAGUUGGGGAGUCUAAGCGUAAGCUUACGAACACAACCGAUAAGUUGGGUGAAAUCGUUUGUUGAAGCUCAAGGGCAGAUUGCUUUGACAAGCGUACUACUGAAGAUAAACAGAAGAAAAGCUUCAGGACCAGUUCCUGUGACCAAUUCAGGAGGAGAUAAGGAUUUGGAUCGCGAGUACGAUAUUGCAAAAUGUUUGAAGGCAUUGAUGAACAACAAAUAUGGUGCCGACGAUGCGCUUGCCCAUCAGCAAAUUAUCGUGGCCCUCGCAAGUUCUCUUAUAUCCCCAAGGUUGACAACAAGAAAGUUGGUCAGCGAAAUCUUGACCUUCCUCUGCGACUGGGCCCAUGGUCAGGGGCAUCAAAAGGUCCUUCAAGCAAUGGAUCAGGUUAAGAAUAUGCAAGGCGAGACUGGCCGAUUUGAUGCCUGGAUGCGAGUAGUGGAAGUCAGCAUUGACGGACGAGGCAAAAUGGGCAGUCUUGUCGGCGCAAGUGAAGAGUUCAGGAGCGGCGGCAUAGGAAUGGAGAACCUCCUCAUGGAGUAUGCUCUAGCAACCAUGUUUUUGAUCAACAUGUUUGUCGACGCUUCAGAAGAUGACUUGCAACUGCGAUGUCAUAUCAGAGCACAGUUCACCGCUUGCGGUAUCAAACGACUACUUGCUAAGAUGGAAGGAUUCCAGUAUGAGGCCAUUGACAGACAAGUGGAACGGUAUAAGGAGAAUGAAGGGAUCGACUACGAAGAUCUGCUCCAACGAGAAAGCAGUAGCAUGAAAGAUAGCAUUGAAGGGGAGGUCAGUGAUAUGAACGACCCCAUUCAAAUUACCAAUGCUAUCAUUAGUAGGCUACGGGGAGGUCGUUCCCAGGACUUCUUCAUUUCAGCCAUGCAACACAUGCUUCUUAUCAGGGAGAACUCCGGUGAAGAUAGCCACCGAAUGUUCCAAUUAGUUGAUGCAAUGCUCAGCUAUGUCGCCAUGGACAGAAGGCUUCCAGAUAUGGACCUGAAGCAGAGUCUCAAUUUUACAGUCCAGAGCCUCCUAGACAAGCUACAUACCGACGCUGAAGCAAGAAGGGCGUUCGACGAGUCCCUGGAAGCUCGCCAGAUUGCAGAAGCUGCAAUUGCCGAACGAGAUGAGAUGAAAGCUCGAAUAGAAAUGGGCGCAGAUGGCCUAGUCAAGAAGCUGCAGAAGCAAAUUGAGGAACAGGAAGCAGUAAUCAGUCUCCAAACCCGGCAAAAUGAGUCUUUGAAAAGUGAAUUGGCCGAAAUCCAAAGGAUUCGAGGACAAGAGCUUCAGAGGAACGAACUUGAAACUCGGGAGCUCUACCUCAUGCUUCGAGAUGCACAGGAUGUUGCAGCAUCGAAGUCUAAGAUGGCUGGUAAUGGAGGUGAUAUGAGCAUAAUGGAUCCUACCCAGAUGAAUGGUAUUCUUGACCGAGAGAAACUUAUGAGCCGCCUUGAACGGCAGCUUGAUCGAGCAAAGACCCAGUUCAAAUUGGAAGGAAAAGUUUGGCCUCAGAAUGGUCCAUCAGACAGGCUUCGAGAAUUGCGCGAACUGAUGGAGGGAGACUUCUUUCAUGAACCCGAAAUUGAUGAGGAAACCAAGCGCAACUUCACUCAUAGCACCUUUGGUACUGUUUCGAGGAAGCGUAGCCAGGCCCUUAAAGCUAACGCUUCUAAUGACCAGGAUAGCAGGGAUGAAGAGCUUGAUGAUCUAGAGGAAGAGGGCGAGGAGGCUGUAUUCGAGAAGGGCCGGUUGGUAGAGAUCAGAAGACCAAAACUCGACCCUGAGCGUGCCACAGCACUUCUGGGUGAAAUUGCUUCCAAAGCUGGAGAAAGAGAAAAGGAGAAAGAAAAGGAAGAGCAAGAAAAGACAUCGACACCUCCUGCCGAAGGUCCCGAGAAUAAAGAGACAAAAGAUGCUGAACCCGAUAAGCUUGCUGGCUUUAAUGGCCCUCCACCACCACCACCGCCUCCUCUCCCUGGCUUCGGAGGGGGGGCACCGCCGCCACCACCUCCUCCCAUGCCCGGCUUCGCUGGUGGUGCUCCUCCACCGCCUCCUCCUCCCAUGCCCGGCUUUGGAAAUGGUGCACCACCCCCUCCUCCUCCCAUGCCAGGAGUUGGAAUGCCGCCUCCACCGCCUCCAAUGCCUGGCGGUUGGAAGAAAACUUACCUUCCCGCUGGGCAAGUUUCUUCAGUACCUACGGUUAGCUUACCAUUUAUACGCCCCAAGAAGAAGCUCAAGGCACUUCAUUGGGACAAAGUUGAUACCCCUCAAGUAACCGUCUGGGCUGCUCAUGCACCUACACAUGAGGCCAAGGAGCAGAAAUACACUGAUCUUGCAAAGAAGGGAGUUCUCGAUGAAGUCGAGAGAUUGUUCAUGGCCAAGGAAACGAAAGUACUGGCUCGUUCUGGGAAGAAGACUGAUAAGAAACAGAUCAUCAGUAGUGAAUUGGUCCGCCAAUUUGAAAUUGCGUUCGCCAAGUUUUCUCAAAUCUCCGCAGACGAGCUCGUUCGCAAGAUCAUUCAUUGUGAUACCGAAAUAUUGAAUAAUACGGUUGUCAUGGAAUUCUUACAGAAGGACGAGCUCAGGAUUGGACCGGGGCCCGGAGCUGCUACAACUGAGCGAGAGCAGGACCCUUCAGAGCUUACUCGCCAGGAUCAAAUUUAUCUCCAGACUGCCUUUGAGUUGAACCAUUAUUGGAAAUCAAGAAUGCGUGCACUUAACUUGACUCUCUCUUUUGAGCAAGAAUACGAUCAUAUAUCCUCCAGCCUACGGGAGAUAGGACAAGUUUGCGAGUCGUUACGUGACUCCGUCUCUUUGAUGAACGUGCUUGGACUCAUUCUUGAUAUUGGUAACUUCAUGAAUGAUUCUAAUAAACAGGCCGCUGGCUUCAAACUCAGCUCUCUGGCCCGUCUUGGUAUGGUCAAAGAUGACAAGAAUGAGUCCACUUUUGCAGACCUGGUUGAACGUAUUGUUCGAAAUCAAUAUCCAGAGUGGGAAGGGUUCACCGACGAUAUUGAUGGCGUAAUACGAGUCCAGAAGGCAAAUGUCGAUCAGCUCCAGCUUGAUGCAAAGAAAUAUAUUGAUAACAUUAAGAACGUGCAAAUGAGUUUGGAUUCUGGCAACCUGAGCGACCCAAAGAAGUUCCACCCUCAAGAUAGGGUAAACCUGAUCGUGCAAAGAUGCAUGAAAGACGCCAGGAGAAAGGCGGAGCAGCUGCAGCUUUACCUUGAUGAAACAAGCCAGACAUAUGAUGAUAUUAUGGUGUUUUACGGUGAAGACCAUACAGAUGAAAAUUCAAGACGGGAAUUCUUUCCCAAACUUGCGACCUUCUUGCAGGAGUGGCGCAAAUCCAAGGAGAAAAACAUCUCUUGGGAAGAAAAUAGGCGGCGCACAGAAGCCUCCCUUGCUCGCAAGAGGGCCAAACCAGGUCUUACAAACGGUAUAGAUUCUGGUACACCGACUUCGCCCACAUCAAAUGGUGCAAUGGAUUCACUGCUGGAGAAGUUGCGUGCCGCUGCUCCCCAGGCUAGAGAUCAGCGUGACAGAAGACGUCGCGCAAGAUUGAAGGAGAGGCAUCAAGUACGACUUGCUUCUGGACAACAUGUACCCGGUAUAACGGUGAACGAUGGCCAGGAUAGCGAGAGCACUACGACCGCGGAACCAGCCGCAACCCCCAAAGAUGAUACCCCACAAAAUUCGCAACCCAAGGGCGAGGACAUCGCGGAUCGCGCUGCCAGCAUGUUACAGGGACUCAGGAGUGAUAAUGACUCUGAGGGCAGCCGUUCUAGGCGACGAAAUAGCGCUGAAGAAGCCCGGAGAAGCAGGCGAAUGCGACGACGUGCCCCAGCAACAACAUCGACUUUCACUAAUAAAGAACCCAAUGAUGGCCCUUCACUACUCUCAGCACACCCUGAAUCUGAAGGUGGAAGCAGACGAGACUCUUCAGGGAGCACUGCAUCCGCGUUUUUGGGCGAAACGACCAAUGAACCCGAAGCUUCACCGCGGCCUUUACCAGCAACCCCCGGUGGCACAGAUUCCAACCCUAUCACGAUAUCCGACUAA